GCCGUCCGCUGGAUACAGUGUAGCAUAGAGGAGGAGAGCGGAGUGCGGCGGGGCGGAUCUCCCGGGAUGCGGCUCUGAGGUAAAAGAUGGCAGUCCUUUAGAAGAGCCUAAAAAGAGAGCCGCAGUGGUGGCUCCCCAUCCCCCCUACCCCUUCCGGCCUGAACUAUGGAGAAUGGCCAAAAUGGUAGGGUGAACCCGGCUCACGUCCUGUUUGACCGCUUUGUCCAGGCCUCCACCUGCAAGGGGACAUUCAAAAGUUUUCAGGAACUAUGCGACCACCUGGAGCUGAAACAACGGGACUACCGCUCCUUCUACCCCAAACUCAAGUCCAAACUUAACUACUGGAAGGCCAAAGCCCUGUGGACGAAAUUGGACAAACGAUGUUCCCACAAGGACUACAAGAAGGGCAAGGCCUGCAGCAACACCAAGUGUCUGAUUAUUGGCGCUGGGCCAUGCGGUCUGCGUACUGCCAUCGAGCUUUACUUCCUCGGGGCCAGGGUAGUGGUAGUGGAAAAGAGAGAUGCCUUUUCGCGGAACAACGUCCUUCAUUUGUGGCCCUUCACCAUCCAUGACCUGCGGGGACUGGGAGCCAAGAAAUUCCAUGGCAAGUUCUGUGCUGGGGCCAUCGAUCACAUCAGUAUUCGCCAGCUGCAGCUAAUACUUCUGAAAGUGUCACUCAUCCUGGGAAUUGAGAUUCAUGUCAAUGUUGAGUUCCAGGGGCUGAUUGAACCACCAGAAGAUCAAGAGAAUGAGCGAACGGGCUGGCGGGCCACAGUCCAUCCUAAAGAUCACCCAGUGUCUGAGUUUGAUUUUGAUGUCAUCAUCGGUGCGGAUGGCAGGAGGAACACUUUGGCGGGUUUCCGCAGGAAGGAGUUUCGUGGGAAGCUGGCCAUCGCCAUCACGGCAAAUUUCAUUAACCGGAACACGACGGCAGAGGCAAAGGUGGAGGAAAUCAGCGGCGUGGCCUUCAUCUUCAACCAGAAGUUCUUUCAGGAUUUGCGGGAGGCUACAGGUAUCGAUCUGGAGAACAUUGUCUAUUACAAGGAUGACACGCACUACUUUGUCAUGACCGCUAAAAAGCAGAGCUUGCUGGAGAAAGGGGUCAUCUUACAGGAUUAUGCCGACACCGAGAUGCUUUUGUCACGUGCCAACGUGGACCAGGAGGCGCUGUUGAACUACGCCACAGAGGCUGCUCGCUUCUCCACCAAUCAGCAGCUGCCCAACCUGGACUUUGCCAUCAAUCAUUAUGGGCAGCCGGAUGUAGCCAUGUUCGAUUUCACCUGCAUGUAUGCCUCAGAGAAUGCCGCACUGGUGCGAGAGAGGAAUAGUCAUCGACUGCUUGUGGCACUGGUGGGCGACAGCCUUCUAGAGCCUUUUUGGCCAAUGGGAACAGGCAUCGCUCGAGGUUUCCUGGCUGCCAUGGAUUCGGCCUGGAUGGUACGCAGCUGGGCACAAGGAGCCAGUCCACUGGAAGUGGUGGCUGAGAGGGAGAGUAUUUAUAGGCUCCUUCCCCAGACUACACCAGAAAAUGUCAGUAAAAACUUUAACCUGUACAGCAUUGACCCAACCACCCGUUAUCCCAACGUCAACCUGCAGUUUCUACGACCCAGCCAGGUGCGACACUUGUACAACACAACAGAAAUGAAGGAUCUUAACUUGGAAAUAAGCAAUCACAUUAAUGCACAAAGAACACCAAAACUCGGCAGAAAUGAGUCAGUGGCUCGGUCCAGUAAGCUUUUGGGGUGGUGUCAGAAGCAGACUGAAGGUUAUGCAGGAGUCAACGUUACUGACUUGACAAUGUCCUGGAAAAGCGGCCUUGCGCUCUGUGCCAUUAUCCACCGCUAUCGCCCAGAGCUAAUAGAUUUUGACUCUCUGGAUGAGCGAGAUGUGGAGAAGAAUAACCAGCUGGCAUUUGAUAUCGCAGAGCGUGAGCUGGGUAUCUCUCCGAUCAUGACCGGGAAGGAGAUGGCAUCUGUCGGGGAUCCGGACAAGCUUUCCAUGGUGGUUUACCUCAGCCAGUUCUAUGAAAUGUUCAGGGAGACUUCUGGAUCCGACAAUGCCGAUCCAAAUACAGACGAGAAGGCUGCUCUCCUUGCAACUGCCAAAUCUCCCAUCUCUUUCCUCAGCAAGCUGGGUCAGACAAUCUCUCGGAAGCGUACUCCGAAGGACAAGAAGGAAAAAGAUGUGGACAGUUCUGGGAAGAGGCAGAAGACGAGCCAAUCUGAAGAUGAGGAGGGUCCGCGGACUCUGCGGGAGGAGCGCCCUUCCCAACUGAGCUCUGGAACAGACAAGAGAUUGGACACUGCAGCCAACAACCAGAACAAAGUGAAGUCAAUGGCGACACAGCUACUGGCUAAAUUUGAGGAGAAUGCUCCAGCACCUAACACAGGCCUGCGGAAGCAGAAACCCUUAUUGCCUUACCAGCAGCGCUUACUAGAACAGGCUGCCCUCAAUCACAAAGAGCCACAGUGGAAACAGCCCAGGUAUGAUGACCUGCCCCGGACUUGCCCAAAAAAGGUCAUCAGUCUGUACUCUCGGCCGUACCCUGUCCAAAGCCCUUUGAUGCAGAGUAGCCCGGUGCCGCCUGGCGACCGCAGGGAGACGUGUCCCAGCCCGGAGAGGUUCGAUCUUGAAACCGCCCGUCGCUCUCCAGUUGACCAGUGGCAGCAUUCUGUCUCCCUUCGCUCCACUGAACGCCCUGCCUCCCCCUCUUACGAUGACAUCCGACAGAAGUACAUAAAGAUAUACACAGGUGGUGUGAGCUCAUUGGCUGAACAGAUAGCCAAUCAGCUGCAAAAGAAGGAGACCCCCAAGCCUCUGUUUGGGAAGAAAGUGGCUUCAUUCAGGAAGGAGUUCCCACAGAACAUCGGUGGGAGUGAUGUCUGCUUUUUCUGCCACCGCCGAGUGUACGUAAUGGAACGUCUAAGUGCUGAAGGCAAAUUCUUUCACCGCAGCUGCUUCAAGUGUGACUACUGCAACACCACACUGCGCCUGUCUGCCUACGCCUAUGACCUGGAGGAUGGAAAGUUUUACUGCAAACCGCACUACUGCUACCGGCGCUCCGGCUACAGCCAACGAAAGAGAGCAGCAGCACCUUCACUUGUGAACAAGGAGAUAAAAGGAGUGGCGAGAGACUCCCCAGAUGCUGAAGAGCCUGGACGAGUUGCCGUGUCCCCCGUAUCCACUGUGGAGAAGACCCCAGGUCCGAGUCUAAACGGUGUUGAAGACCACAGUCUGGCCAAGAGGCUCCGAGCCACUCCAGAGCGCAUUGAGCUGGAGAAUUAUCGGGUGUCCAUGCAAAAGGAGGAGCUAGAGGAGGUCCCGGAAGAGACACUGGCGGAGCACAACCUGAGCAGCCUGCUGGAUAAAGGUGGAGAAGAUGAGGAGGAAGCUGUCAGCAGUAGCUCUGAGUCAGAAAUGGAAGAUGAUGAAGAGCAGCUGCCCUCCUCUGACCUCGGGGGCGUACCAUGGAAGGAGGCAGUGAAGAUUCAUGCCAAACUGAAGGGGAAGAGUGCGGGGGAGGAUGAGGGAGCACUGGAGGCUGGAUAUAGUGAAGAUGAUGAAGAAGAGGAGGAGUCUGAAGAGGAGGAGGAGGAGCCGUCCAGUGAAGAGGGCGAGUAUAGCCCCUGGGAGAGGGAGCUCCAGCAGGGUCUCUGGCUCCACCGUAUAACUGAUGAAGACACAGUUGGUACUUUUAAAGCAGGGAACCUCAAACUGCAGCAGGCGUUGUCCCCAGUGGACCCUAUGGAGAUUAAGGCCGAUGUUCACUGGACUCACAUACACAAGGUUAACGAAGAGCAGGAGGGGGAAGAAGUGGGCGUGUCAUCUCCAUCCAAAGUGCUCAAGCUCCCGUCCCAUCAACAUGACCCUGUUAGAGCGUGGCUGGAGUCCGUGCCUAGAGCACCAUGCGAGGAUGAAGACGCAGAGGCUGAGGUUCUUGGGUCGGGUCUUGCCCAGGCUGAAGCGGGAGGUGAUGGGGACACAUCUGCUGAUCUUGGUGACGAUGAUGACAUUCCAUCAGACGCAGAAGCAGAAGAACGUCUGCAGCAGGCAGAAAGACUGAAACUUAAACUGAAUGAGGAUCUGGAGUUGGAAGCAGUGACUCAGGCUUAUCCGGUAGAUGAAAGACCUCUUAGUCCAGUUGCAGUGACCCCACAGACGGCAGUGUUGUCUCCCAUCAGAAGCCCUAAAGAGGAUGUUGAGAAGACCUCCAUGAGGUCUCCUCUACAGGACCUGGCCUCUCCGGGAGUACGUUUCUUCCCUGAACCUUUCUUGCUACAGACAGGAAGCAAAGUGACUAAUCCUUCAGAACAGAACCUUCAGACCCCUGUCUCACCUGUGUGCUCCCAACCGGUUGCAACAAAUGAACCAGUUAUCCCUACUUCUCCUGUGAAAUCUUCUCCACUCUCACCUCUUGGACGUCCACUGAGGACACCAACCUCGCCCAUCUGUUCUCAACCUCUUCCUUCGACAGAGCCAGCCAUUCCCUCCUCAGCCACUUCCCCUGUAUGCCUUCAGCCUUCCCCGGUAAUCACUUCAACUCCUCUGACCAAACUGCCUUAUGCUGGUCAAGACCUGGCCAGCCCCAAUUCGGAGGAGGAAAUUAAACGCAUUGAUUUAAUAGAAGAGUUCUGGACGAAAAGUGCGGAGAUUCGUCGCAGCCUUGGGUUAACACCUGUUGACAGAAGUCGGACACCCGAAAUUAGUUUUCCAGCCAUUGAAACAUCUGCUCCACGGUCACAGCUACCCAAGUCCACUGCCAAGGAGCUGAAAUCUCCAUCACUGAAACCUCAACAGGUCCCUAAGAAGGUGAAUCCAAGCAGAUUGGACACUGAGCUCCUCUCACCGCUUACACCAAUAUCACCAUCUGAGAAGGAGCUUAAGAGCUCAGAAGGUGAAAAAAAAGACCUUUCAACCAGUUCUGGCCUAGGUUUGAAUGGUAGCCAUUCCAAUACGCGGACAGUGGCCAGUGAGAGCUUUAAUACAUCGGACUCUGCAAUGCUUACUCCUCCUUCAAGCCCUCCUCCUCCCCCACCCCAAGGAGAAGAGCCUGCUACUCUUCGCCAUGGUCGGGCUUCCUGGCAGAAUGGACCAGAGGCCACCCAAACACCCCCCCAAGCACAAGUUAAAGCCCCAGAGGUCCACAAACCCACUCCAAGGUUAGAAGAAAUUCGAAAGUCCUUUGUAGAGAGCGUGGAUGAAAUCCCUUUUGCAGAUGAUGUUGAAGACACUUAUGAUGAAAGGACUGAGAACUCUAGCCUCCAGGAAAGGUUCUACACCCCACCAACCAGUUUAAGAAAGCCCCAAAGGCUGGUACUUACGAAGGAGAAUGGAAAAUUGCCAACUUCCUUGGAAAGGAGGGACCAUAGAAAGAGAGGCCUUCCACAAGUAACUCCAGAAGUUAAAGAACUGGCUGAGGAAAGGAUGAGAGCACGAGAGAAGUCUGUAAAAAAUCAGGCUUUAAGGGAUGCCAUGACACAACAGCUAAUGAAAAUGAAGCAGAUGGAAACUGUCCCAUCUGUGAGGACAUCCAGAGCCCAAGGCUCAUCUUCCACCAAACUCACUACAGAUCUUCCAGCAGAGUCCAGACGAACAGGGACUCAUCCUGAGGCAUCCACCCUGAGACUAGAGAACUCUGCAGAAGUCUUAUUGUCUCUGCCACCUGCUGAUGGCUCCAUUACAUCUUCGGAGGGGUCUGGAGGGAAACCCAAAAAGAGGCCUUCUCUGUUCUCCCCAAGAAAGAAGGAGAAAAAAUCAAAGGGGGAGGCAAAUCGCUCAUCUGAUAAAACAGAGGAAGGUACUAAACCCAAAUCACUGUGGAAAUCUGUCUUCUCUGGGUACAAGAAGGAGAAGAAGAAGAAAACAGCAGAUGACAAGUCUUCCCCAAGCACACCAUCCAGCAGCACCACCGUGGACUCGGGGAAGGUCAAAGUGUCCAAUAUGGUUCGCGGAGCAGAAUUGCCACUUCGGCGGCACCUAAGCUUCUCGGAAGACUCAGACCUGUCAAGCGAUGAUGUCUUAGAGAAGUCCUCACAGAAAUCAAAGCGAGAGUCGGUCUAUGUCCCCCAUGCCUUGGCAUUCAGACGGUCAUAUUCAUCCAAGAAAACCUACACGGACGAAGAGCUAAAUGCCAAGCUUACUAAGAGAGUUCAGAAAGCUGCUCGGAGACAAGCCAAGCAGGAGGAGUUGAAGAGGCUGCACAGGGCACAGAUAAUCCAACGGCAGUUAGAGCAGGUGGAGGAAAAGCAGCGACAGUUGGAGGAGAGGGGGGUAGCGGUGGAGAAGGCUCUCCGUGGGGAAGCAGACUAUUGGGGAGAGUCAUAUUACAGUGACCUCAUCGAUUUGCACCUGGGUGUUGAUCCCAUUGUGGGGACUCCACGGCGUAGACCUAUCUCCUUCUGUCCCUGUUGUGCCCACGAAGGGAUGGGCAAGAAGGAUGACCCCAAACUGAUGCAGGAGUGGUUCCGCCUUGUGCAGGAGAAGAACGCGCUGGUUAGAUAUGAGUCUGAGCUGAUGAUAUUUGCCCGCGAGCUGGAACUGGAGGACAGACAAAGCCGACUACAGCAGGAGCUACGAGAGCGCAUGGCAGUUGAGGAUAAUCUAAAGACAGAGGAAGAGUUAUCAGACGAGAAGAAAAUCCUGAACGAGAUGCUGGACGUUGUGGAGCAGCGAGAUGCGUUAGUGGCACUGCUGGAGGAGCAGCGUCUGCGCGAGAAAGAGGAGGACAAAGAUCUAGAAGAAGUCAUGUUAUCUAAAGGUUAUAACAUGAACUGGUCCUGAGGUCUCCCCUGCUGUCCCCUAACUAUAGAGGGGUUCAUUCGUCUUAUAUGUGAAGGUGGGCAGAGAACCUCAGAGGAAAAGGGCGUUGCUCAAUGGAGCUGUUACAUGAACCUGUAGACCCUUGCAGAGUUCUUCUGGGGCCCGCCACGAUGGAGGGACAUUUAAAAGGGAGAUAGCGUUUGUUACAGACAGGACGUUUCACUUCAAGUGCGACACUGAAAAGUUUCUAAUCAGGUUUACAUUAUGCUGCCAUUUCUGCGGUGCCGUGCAUGACCACUUGUGAUCCUUCCCACCGACUCAAGAGGUUUUCGUUUGUUCUUUUCUUGUUCUUUUUUGUCCAGCGCCGCGGACAAUAACGCAAGUGAGUGUCACUUGCACUUUGAACAUUUGGCCACUAGGUGGCUGUUCCUUUACGUUUUUCUGGUUUAGUCUUUCUCCCAAUGGAUUUUAAUGGAACGUGCAUUUCUCAAUGUUUGAGUUUGUUUCCAAAUGGAAGGAAAAGCGUCGUUAGGAAGUUUUGUGUUUUGUUAUUUGCCCCAGAAUUGUUUAUUCGACAUUGAUAGUAAGAAGAGGGGGGAGAUAUCUGCAUGAUUAUAGGGUAAUGUUGUAGCCCAAAAAAAAAUUAACUCUGAACUGCCCGCAAUGUAUAUGCAAACACUCACAGAUUGUAACCUACACUGAAUGACAAAAAAGUUUUGUUUUCAUUUUAAAUCAGAAAAAGGCUAAUCAAUCACAGACCUGAUUAUAUUUUAAGUGAUUAUUUUGAGUUCUCUUGAAAGCCCUCCCCAGUUAACAUUCUGUUCCGCUGUUCAGUUUGGUGGAGCACUGUCCUGGUAUGGGGGAGGGAAUGCUGUCACUUGGAGGAAGGAUUUUGUGUAAGCUCUGAAACAGAUGGACAUGCAGGUUACCCAGAAACUAUACCCAGGGCUCCUGCCAGCAAACAGGAUGGUGGAGGAGUGUGUCAGGGAUGAGUAUCAAUGCAUAGGCAGGCAGCCUUAUCAAGAGUCCCUUUUAUCCUGAAGUACAUACACCUUCUUUGUGGUCUAAUUUUUGCAUCUUUGCAUUUGCUUAUAUCCUGAUAUUGUGCAGCAGUUUGCUGAAUUCAGCCCACGCCUGCUAUAUUAAUAUUUUAUUUUUCAAUCUCCAAAGAUUUUCUUGCUAUUUAUUAAAAAAAAAAAGUCUCCUUUUGCUACCGAAUGUGUUAAAAUAUCUCCGCUUUCAGCCAUCCUGGGCUCAAACAUCCAGCAUUGUCGAGUGAUAAAAUAAUAUCUAUCAAGAUAAGCAGUUCCCCCAAUAACAGUCCCCUUUCCGGGAUGGUGGGGCAGAUUCGGAGCUGCUUAUUGGCCGAUGGGAGUGGAACUUCAAACAGCAAUACAGUGAGCUGGUUAUGGGGAGAGCCAAAGUUGGUUUUAGUUGUGGGAAGAAAGUUUUUCUACUAAUUCUAAUAAGCCUGCUGCAAUGUAUGAUAAUAUUGAAUGUCUGCACACAUUAUUUUGGGCCAUACACACCUUCGUAGUUCAUGUUAGAGCAUAUUUUACUAAAGUAACUGCUGCGGAUCUGUUUGUCAUGCACUCAGUAUCUUUGUUUUGUGCGUGAAAUGGGGCUGGUGAUAAAAUAUGGUCGCCGUAUUCCCAACCAUGAUCACUGCACAUUGGGAUUCUGUUCCACCAGGGUAUUAUUCUGUGACUCUUGGGUAAACCAGAAAUACUUGCUGGAGCUUGUAGUGCUUUAGAAACUUCAGGACUUUGAGUGGGAAAAAAUAAUUCUUCAUAAAAUUCAGUGGAAAGAUUCCCCAUUAUCAGCCUGGUUACUGGCUCUUCUGACUGGAAAUGCGCCGCAUGUGGCCCCAAAACAUUGGCUCUUUUUUUUAUGACAUUUAUUCAAUUAAGAAAAUUAUUUGAAUAAAGUUGGUGAAGAUUGUUCACUUUGCAGCAUAGAAUGCCAUUACCCAUUGGGUAAGAAUCCCAGCUGCCUAAUAGUGCAGUGACAUGCUCAAAGGCAUACAGAUAUCAUUCUACACCACACACUCUGGAACUUGUCUGUGGUCACCCCACUAGCUGAGUGACUGCAAUGACAUGUGGACAGUCACGGAACAGAGCAUUUACAAAUCUGUAAAAU